CAUGAGGAAAUAAAUGGGGUGAUGCACGGAAGAGACACAAAGCCGACUGAGAAAAAUUACGAAGGAGGUCGGCUUAUCGUGAUCGGCUCGUUGCGAAUUUUCGUUUAUAUACUCGUGUAAACUGAUAGACGCGAUAUCGAGAAAGAUAUUACCGAAACACGCAACGUUGCGGCGCGUUUCCUCUGUUCACUUUAUUCUCCUCUUUAAGGUCUUUGGUAGUCGACCGCACGCCCACCAAGCCAUCCCCUGAAUCUACAUUUUCUGCUCCCUUUCGCUUGAUGUUUUUCCGUCUUUUAUCGGUGACACGAGGUGUAAACGGAGCGUUUUAAAAACCAUGACAAAACCAAGCGUCUCUGCUCGAAAGAGGAGCACGUUCGAAGAUUACGCCAAGAUCUUUCGCGCCUUACUGGCAAGUUGGAGAGGAAAUUGCAAUCGACUUUGCAACGACGAGCUCUGCGAAACCAUCGAAGAUUUGACACUGCCGAGCAACGAAGACUGGCGCUAUCGAAUCUAUUACCGGCUGGUCCAACUGCAAAGAGAAUACGAUGAUGUCAGUUCCGCAAAAAGAAGGGCCGAGGAGACUGGAUCGGCAAGAGAAACGGAAACGGAAACGGAAACGGAAACGAGAUCGCAAGUGGAGGAACAAAAGAAGAAGAAGAAGAAGAAGAAGGAUUGGGAAUGGGAGCCGAAAAGGCAGGGACACGGUUUGAAGGCUAAGCCGCGAAAAUGUGAGAAGGAGGAAUCGAGGGGAGGAUCGUUGACGAGGAUCGUCGGUAGGAUCGGCGGUUCGAUGAUAGAA